GGUCCACAUGCUGCUCCUAAAUGAAAAAAUAACAGGGGUAGCGGAGACAAAUGUCAUCCCCCUGGGCUCCUUCAUGCCAAUAUGGGCAACAGUGGAGCAGAAGUCCCAUCAGCCAUUGCUGCUGCUCAUGGAGGAAUGUGUGGCAGCCACUACGCCUGAGCUGCAGGCUAACAGCAAUGUGUACCCCAUCAUUACAAAUAAGGGGUGUCUCCUGGACAGUGUGAAGGGAAACUCCAGGUUUCUCCCUCGCUACCACUCGUCUGCAAUCAUCCUCUACCUGCAGUCCUUCAAGUUUGGUCUCGGCGACGAGGUGUACAUUCACUGCAAACUGCUCGCAUGGGAUCCUGAAGUUCUAAGUGAGAGCAAGAAGCUUGCCCACUAUGUAAAGGGAAAUGAGCGAUGGGAACUCCUGGAUGACCCCAUGCAGAGCUCCAUGUGUGACUGCUGUUCUAGGACCUGCAACACUCGCUCCAAGAGAAGAGACGAAUGGGAAUCCAACGGCUUCAUGCACACUUCUGUGUUGGGACCCCUGAUCAUAAUGGAUCCAUCGCAACAAAAUGCCCACAAUGCAUCAGAUGUUUCCAUUGCUGACCAAGGAAGUCCAGUCUAAGAUUGGGGAGACUGAACAGAGGGCCCAGGUGGACGACAUCCAUAUGCAGAUUAAAGUUGUCUAUAAUCUCUGUAUAAAUAAAACUGUUAACUCCUGUGGAGUAUA